CACAAUUAAACGAUUACUUUUCUAGUAUUCCUUUAUGUUAAAUACCUCAUUAAACUAAACAUUUUCCCCCAACAAAUUAACCAAAAUCCCCUCUAAUUAAAGCUAUGGUUCCAACUCCUCAAAGUGAUUUACCUCUUAAUGAGAAUGACUCACAAGAGAUGGUAUUAUAUGAAGUUCUUAAUGAAGCUAAUGCUCUAAACAUUCCUUAUUUACCCCAAAGAAAUCAAUUGCUCCCUAGAAAUAAUAUUCUUCGUCCAUCACAGUGCAUAGGCAAGAAAUACAGAGGAGUACGACGUCGUCCGUGGGGGAAAUACGCUGCGGAAAUUCGCGAUUCGGCUAGACAUGGUGCGAGAGUAUGGCUAGGUACGUUUGAAACUGCUGAAGAAGCUGCGUUAGCUUAUGACAGAGCGGCUUUUAGAAUGCGAGGUGCUAAGGCACUACUUAAUUUUCCAUCUGAAAUAGUGACCGCCUCUGUUUCAGUAGACAAAUUGAGUUUGUGCUCAAAUAGUUACACUACGAAUAAUAAUUCAAAUUCAAGUUUAAAUGAAGUUUCAAUUGGAUCUAAUGAUGUAUUUGAAUCAAGAAUUUCGAAUCAAGAUAUUAAAACAGAGCUGUGCAUGGAGAAUUUCUUGGCGCUCUAAGCGAAUAAUGUGUUGACACGUAGGAAAUAUUUCUAUUUAUGUACGAAUCAACUGAACUACUAAAAUUUCGUUGAUGUACUUAUAUUAUGUGCUUGCCUCUUCUCUUAUUUUCCUUUUGGAAUUGUUUGCAGCGACGCACGCUAUAAUCUUAUGUAAAAAGAUUGCUUAGGAUACUUUAGUAGUAUGUUUAUAAGUUGUAAUAUACACCUUCUAUUUUCUAA